GGGAAAUGGAGAUAGUGAGAAAACUUAUCACUAAUCAGCAGUUUCAUUAUUCGAGUCUCAAUGGAGUACCCUCCACAUGGUUGUGCUGAGAGAAAUUCUGCUCUCUGCAGUUCGUGUCGGAGAUCUUCUUACUGCAUGGAGUGUUGCAGCCCGACUUCUCAGACACUACUAUCCUCUAGUAACUCCUGCUGGUCAAAAUGGCCUUGCAAAUGCCCUUUCAAAUUCAGCAGAUAGGCUGCCACCGGGGACACGAUGUGCUGAUCCUGCUUUACCUUUUAUAAGGUUGCAUUCUUUUUCGUUCCUCCCGAUACAAAUGGACAUUGUAAAACGGAAUCCAUCUAGAUUAGACUGGUGGGCACGUUCUGCUCCUUCAGGUCCAUUCAUUUAUACACCCUUCAGUAAAGGAGAUCCAAUCAAUGUCAAGAAGCAAGAACUUAUUUGGGUUGUUGGAGAGCCUAUCCAGGUCAUGGUGGAAUUGGCAAACCCAUGUGGCUUUGAUUUAAGGGUUGAUAUACCUAUCUGUUCAUUAAGAAAACUUAGAUGCUUUUUCAUGAGUGUAAAACUCUUGCCAAAUUCAUCGAAAGUGAUCACCUUAUCAGGCAUUCCAACAUCAGUGGGAUCGGUUACAAUUUCUAGGUGCAUUGUUCAUUGUUUUGGUGUUAUUACUGAACAUCUUUUUAAAAAGGUUGACAAUCUACUUUUUGGGGCAACCCAAGGACUUGUCCUUUCUGAUCCUUUUCGAUCUUGUGGAUCUUCAAAGUCGAAGAAUGUAACCGUUCCAAAUAUUUCUGUAGUUCCACCACUUCCAUUGCUGAUAUCACGUGUUGUUGGAGGUGAUGGUGCCAUCAUUUUAUAUGAAGGUGAAUGUCGUUAUAUAUGGAUAAGUCUGGCUAAUGCAGGCACAGUUACAAUUGAGCAGGCGCAUAUUUCUCUGUCACGAAAAAAUCAAGAUUCUGUGAUUUCAUAUUUUAGUGAGAUUUUAAAAUCUUGCCUCCCUCUAAAGCCUGGUGCUGAAGUGACCUAACAGCUAAACAAACCAAUGAUCUAAGCUACUCUGACUUCGUCUUUUUACAUAGCUACUUUUUAGACCUGCCACAAUAGGAUCUCAUAUGAAGCCGCCACAUGUCUCCUAAAAUGAGAGAUCACUUGUUAUGUGAAUUGUCACAACUGACAACCCUAACCACAAAACAAAAAGAGAAGGAGCAUGGAGAGGAAGCACCUGGGCAUGAAUGACAUCCUCCCUCAGGAGCUCAUUCACCGAAUCUUUCUAAGGGUACCCGCCAAAGACCUGUUUCGCCUCAGAUUCGUUUCAAAACUUUGGCACUCUCUCAUUUCCGAUCCACACUUUGCGGAAUCGCAUUACAACUUCCACUCCGCAUCUUCCCGUUCGGUCUUGUUGGUAAAAGACUAUACUAAUGCUUGCUGUGUUCCCUUAGACACGCUAUUUGAUGUUGCAGCAGCACCACCAACAUUCAAAGAGGUAUCUCUCCCUUCC